AUGGGCAUCGUCUGCACCAUCUUCACGGUCAAGCUCAAGAUACAGACCGAGUACAUUCUGCGCGCUCUCGAGAGCUUCUACUCGCAGCAGCAGAUGACCGAAAAGCCGGCCGGCGAGUGCAAGACGGCGUCCUGCCACUGGCACAGCGACUACCUUUGGGGCCGUCUCAACGAAUCGGUCGAUCCGUGCCAGGACUUCUACGCGCAUGUCUGCUCCUCUGCCUGGUUUCGAGAGGACGGCCAGCUGAGCGACCAGCCGUACGCAGACUUCUCGGUUGCUCAGUUGCUUGCGGACGUUCGAGACUCGCUGACUCUCUACGGAAGCCGGCAGCCAGAGAGUGGGCAUGGUGCUUGGAGCUUUCCGGUGCAGGCCGUGUCGCUGCUCCAUCUCUGUCACCGGGCGUCGUCGUCGUCCUCUUCAACCAGUGGUUGGAACGAAGUCCACGAUGUGCUAUUUCGAGUGGGCCUUGGCGGCUGGCCAUUCGCGGACGAGCCUCCAGCCGAUUGGAGCCUUCUUCCGGUGCUGGCGGGCCUUGAGCGCGACGUGGGUGAAGGAGUGCUGGCCAACGUAGCACUGCGCAGGGACCUCUCGCAGGCGGAUGAGUACCAGCUGCACGUGGACCCACCCGAGACGCUGCUUCACAAGUUCCUGCUCCAUCGACGCUCAUCCAACUCACUGGUAGAGUAUGAGACCCAACUGGCGCAGCUCCUGUCCUCGGCGGCCGGCGGCAAUGCGAGUGGCGCUGCUGUGGUCAAUGCGAGCAUUAGCAGGGACUCGGUGUACUCACGUCUCGCCGCUGACCUGGUGGCCUUCGAGAAGCGACUGGAAGCUAUCCGCGCAGCCCCAUUGCUGCCCCUAGAACAGCGAUAUGUGCGCGCGGGACAGCUUGGCGCCGUAGCCAAGUGGAACUGGACCACCUUCUUGGCCGAGACGUUCCACGGCACGCGCACUGUGGUCCACAACACAACCGUCGUCUGUGACCGGUGCACCUACUUCAGCAAGGCCACGCUACUGGUGCAGGAGACGCCACAGAGGACGUUGGCCAACUACGCCGGCGUGAAGCUGAUAGUCCUGCUGUCACCGCUGCUGUCUGCCGAUGAGUCCUGGUCGGCCUUCGUGACAAAACUGGCAAGCAGGGGCCUAAGUGGACUGAGCGAGAGGCUGGAAGCCUGCCUCAGCCUGCUGGAACGGACCUACCACUACGGUACAGCCAUGCUGGCGCGCAUGUCACUGGGCCGCCAGUUCUCCACUGUGUAUCGGACUCAGUACGACCGGCAACUGGCUGCGCUCGCCUCUUCGGUGCUACACUCGGCCAGCCAGCGUGCCUCGCGCCUCGCUUUCCUGCGAUCGGAUGAGAGGCGCAAGGCGCAGUCCAAGCUACAAGCCAUGUCCUUCCAGGUGUUUGGCACAGCACCGAGCCUGUACUGGCCGGCGCUCUACUACGGUGUCUCGUCGCCCCUGCUUAGGGAGUCCGAGCCGCUGGUAAGCACCGUCACCCUGCUGAGGCACACACGACGUGUCUACCUCUUGUCGAAGGUGCCCAACCUCGACCUCGAUGCUCGGUACCCGCUCCGGGUGUUCGGUGCUCCCAACAGCUACUACUACCCGCUGCGAAACCUUCUUUUCCUGCCGCAGAGCCUGGUGGCCUUCCUGACACGCGUCUCGAACACCAUCGACGCGCCUUUCAUUCCCGUCAUUGGUCGGCCCAUCCUGGCGGAGGCCUUGCGCGCCAUCGACGCGCUUGACGGCAGGCACAUAGACGACGUGCUCUCACUGCAAACCUGGUGGGGCCACAACUCGAGCGCUCGCUUCGACCGUCUGACACGCUGCUUGCUGGACCAGUACGCCGCGAUCUUCUGGUCUUCGACUUCCGGAAGUGUCAGCGCCAACUGGCGCGAGAACGUGGACGUGCACGCGCUCUUUCGCGACGUGGCGUCUGUGGGGCCGCUGCUGGAAGCGUUCCGGCAGCGUCCAGGCUCCGACAAGAUCACCGUACGCGUGAGUCGCAAGCGAGUGCUCGAUCCUACGCAGCUGUUCUUCGUGAACUUUGCGCUCUCGCUGUGCGACCAUCAUGGACGCGGGACGAUGGGCCGCCUGCAGACCAAGCUUGGGUUGGUGCCAAACGCCGUGCGCGUCAACCUGGCGCUCGCGAACUCGAGGGAGUUCGCUCGCGCUUUCAAGUGCAGCCCCAACCGGACGAUGGCUCCGGCGACACGGUGCAGAACCUGGUGA